AUGUUUAAAAAGAGAAAUUUAAAGACUCUCGGUAAUUCUAGGCGUCGAGAAGAGUCAGAAAAUGAUGAUGACAAGUCCCACACUUCCUCUUUUAUUAGUGAACAGCCCCUCAAAAAGAUCAAAACACAAUUAACUCCAGCUCGAGAAGCGGACUACUCUAAGACAGCUCAAAAUGUAGAAACAAACAAUCCAGAUCAGAACGACCAUUCCGAACCAAAACAAGAAAAAGAAUUUUCACUGCAACCUGAAUCAAAGCCGAUUAUCGUGGGUCCGAAAGCGGCUCCGAAAAAUGUGCGUGUAACUACACUAACAGACUUUCAGCCAGAUGUAUGUAAAGAUUUUCAGCAAACGGGUUAUUGUGGUUAUGGUGAUACGUGUAAAUUUCUACAUAUUAGAGAUGAGCUGCGCCAAAAGAAAGCGAUUGAGAAAGAAUGGGAAAUGGUGGCAGGCAAGGAGUUUAAUCCUGACAAGCCUUGUGCAGAGAAUAUCCCCUUCAAAUGUCCCAUCUGCAAGGACGAUUAUACGCAACCUGUUAAAACACCAUGUGGCCAUAUUUUCUGCCAGGCCUGUUUCAUGGCUCGAUUCAAGCAGGGGAGAAAAAGAAAGUGCUAUAUUUGUAAGAAAGAUACUGAUGGAUUGGUGCAGCCUGUAAAAAACAUACUGAAGGCGCGGGUAAAAGGGUGA